CCAGAACAAGCAGUACCAGACAGACGUGCAGGAAGACAUGCGCUAGUCGUUUUAUUUGGUGUUUGGACCGCAAAUGGGUUUGUCGGUAUGUCAAAACUAAAUAAACCUAACUGACAUUGAAAUUAACAAGUGGAAGAAUUGAUAAAAAUCUCUUUGUGCGGUGAACAAUCUUGUCAUUGUUAUUGUUCGAUUGUUACUGUUCGAUUGUUGUUUCUCGAUUGUUGCUGUUCGAUUUUUGUUGUUGUUGUUGUUUCUGGUUGUUGUUGUCGUUGUUGUCGUUGUCGUUGUUGUUGUUAUGGUGGUGGUGGUCGUAGUUGUUGUAUUCUUGACGUUGUUCGUUCGAUUGUUUUUAUUGUCGUCGUCGUUGUUGUUGUUCGAUUCUGUCGUUGCUGUUGGUAGCCUGUUGUAAAUAUUAGGGAGUAUCAAAUAAGUAAACAAGAAAAUAAAAAAUUAAAUAAUUCUCACUCUAAGUUUAAUUUAAACAAAACAUUUUUAGAAUCACUAAUGCAACUAUGGAAAUAACAUACUAAAAUUGCUAUCAUCUCACGUUCUAUUUGUGUAUCCUUUCAAAGGCAUAUCACUAACUACCGCUGGAAAUCUGUAUGGAAGUCAGUUAGAAAAACAAGAGAAACACGUCGUUGCAAAACAGGAUGGUUACAGGACGGAAGCGAGUGCACCACAC